GCCAAAAUAAACUUUUGCUACAAAAAACACAUUUACACAAAAGAGAUCCAAAAUUCGUCCAAUUUGAGGGUAACAAGCUAAAAGCAAAUGGACCCGUCGCAGCAGCACGGCAGCACCAUCCACCAGCAGCAGCAGCAGAGCCAGCCGCGGUCCUACCAAGUGGUGAAAGCCGCCACCGCGGCCACCGCGGGUGGAUCGAUGCUCGUCCUCUCGGGUCUCAUCCUCGCGGCAACCGUGAUCGUGCUGACCAUCGCCACGCCGCUCCUCGUCAUCUUCAGCCCCGUCCUCGUCCCGGCCCUCGUCACCGUCGGCCUCAUCACCACGGGGUUCCUGGCCUCCGGUGGGUUCGGCAUUGCAGCCAUCACCGUCUUGUCCUGGAUCUACAGGGUAUGUGACUGGGAGGCACCCACCGGGCGCGGAUUCGCUGGACCAAGCUCGGAUGAAGCUGGCCGGGAAGGCGAGGGAGAUGAAGGACAGGGCGACGGAGUUCGGGCAGCAGCAUGUCACCGGUCAGCAGACCUCUUAAGACGACGUAACCGAGACACCCCGGAGCUAUGCAUGUGGAGCCCGAGUUUUCGGCCCCGGUCGGUCGAGAGAAGGGUGAUGAUGGAGAGAAAGUAUGUGUCACAUUUUGAGGGUGUUCUAAUUUUGGUUUUUUUGCUUAAGCGUCUGUCUAUGUUCCUUUUGUAUAUCUACCCAGGGUCUUCGUGUCAGUUCCUUUUCUGUGUGUAAUCUUGAAAGAGUUGUGAAAGUAAUAAUGAGCAAUUUUUGGUGGCUAGCUGCUUAAUUUGUAAUGUAAUCAGUGUCCUUGUAAUCAAAGUUCAAA